AUUUCUAUAAGCCCAGCUUAGACGUUCUCUACCUCUCUGGGUUGCCUGUUUCCGAACUAACCGAAACCUAGUCAUAAACCCAAAUGGAAACCACAGAAGAGCCGGAGCUUCCUCGAGACCCCUCAGACAACCGUAACGACGUUGUCUCCGACGACUCCUCACCGGAAACCGACCUCACUCUCUCUCCAAUCCAACCCCAAAACCACAUUAACGAUCCCCAAAAUUCUUCUGAAAACCACCUCCCACACUCAUCCGAAACCCAGUCUCCACCACCCAAUACGACACUCGACGCUCCCGUUUCAGACUCUCAAGACGAUUCCUCCGACCCAAUCCCCGAAGCCACCCUCGAAGAACAGCCCCAAAACCCCAAUUCUACAGACCCCGCUCCACCACCAAAACGACGACGCCGUAGAAAGCGGUUCUUCACCGAAAUCAACGGAAACCCGUCGUUUCGCCGGCAGAGGAUAGCCGGAGGCCUGUCCGAAGAACUCAACGUCGAAGCACUCAUUGCAAUCUCCGUAGGUUUUCCCGUCGAUUCGCUCACCGAAGAAGAAAUCGAAGCAAAUGUGGUGUCGACAAUUGGCGGCACCGAGCAAGAUAACUAUAUUGUUGUGAGGAACCACAUUCUUUCUCGGUGGAGAUCAAAUGUGUCGAUUUGGCUUACUCGCGACCACGCUCUUGAGUCAAUCCGGGCUGAGUACAAGAACCUGGUCGACUCUGCUUAUAAUUUCCUACUAGAACAUGGCUACAUCAACUUCGGGCUCGCGCCUGCUGUUAAAGAGGCGCAAAGGGCGUUGCAUGAGCGGGCUGAGAGAGCCAAUGUGGUGGUUGUAGGGGCAGGUCUCGCUGGACUAGUUGCAGCCAGGCAGCUAGUGGCUAUGGGUUUUAAAGUGGUCGUCUUGGAAGGUAGAGCACGGCCAGGUGGUCGUGUGAAAACAAGGAGGAUGAAGGGCGAUGGGGUGGUGGCUGCCGCCGAUGUGGGUGGGAGUGUUCUUACCGGAAUCAAUGGGAACCCACUAGGAGUUCUUGCAAGGCAAUUGGGUUUACCUCUUCAUAAGGUGAGAGAUAUUUGCCCUUUGUAUUUACCUGAUGGGAAGGCUGUAGAUUCAGAGAUUGAUUCUAGAGUAGAGGUUUCGUUUAAUAAAUUGUUAGACAGAGUUUGUAAGCUUAGGCAGGCCAUGAUUGAGGAAGUUAAAUCUGUUGAUGUUAACUUAGGAACCGCGCUUGAAGCUUUUAGGCAUGCUUAUAAGGUAGCUGAGGAUUCACAGGAGAGAAUGCUGUUGAAUUGGCAUCUUGCAAAUUUAGAAUAUGCAAAUGCUUCUCUAAUGUCUAAUUUGUCUAUGGCGUAUUGGGAUCAGGAUGAUCCAUAUGAGAUGGGAGGUGACCAUUGUUUUAUUCCUGGAGGUAAUGAUACUUUUGUUAAAGAACUUGCUAUGGAUCUGCCCAUUUUCUAUGAAAGGACUGUAGAGAGUAUUAGGUAUGGAGUUGAUGGGGUUAUUGUUUAUGCAAGUGGGCAGGUGUUUCGUGGUGACAUGGCGCUCUGUACAGUGCCAUUGGGUGUGCUUAAGAAGGGAACUAUUGAAUUUGUGCCUGAGCUUCCACAAAGAAAGAAAGAUGCAAUUCAGAGAUUGGGAUAUGGGCUGUUAAAUAAGGUGGCACUGUUGUUUCCCUAUAAUUUUUGGGGAGGAGAGAUUGAUACAUUCGGGCAUUUGACAGAAGAUUCAAGCAUGAGAGUUAAGUUUGAGACAAUGUCUCCAGUGGAGUCUGUUAAAAGGGUCCUAGAAAUAUUGCGGGGUAUUUUCCAUCCAAAAGGGAUUGUUGUUCCAGAUCCAGUUCAGGCAGUCUGUACCCGCUGGGGGAAAGAUUGCUUCACAUAUGGGUCUUAUUCUUAUGUUGCAGUUGGAUCUUCAGGAGAUGAUUAUGAUAUUCUUGCUGAGAGCAUUGGAGAUGGAAGGGUUUUCUUUGCGGGAGAGGCAACAAACAAACAGUAUCCAGCAACAAUGCAUGGAGCAUUUCUAAGUGGAAUGAGAGAGGCUGCUAACAUAUUGAGAGUGGCCAAGAGGAGGUCUUUGGCUCUGACCAGCAAAUUAAACAAUGACAUUGAGGAAAGUGAUGAUUUAACUAAAUUAUAUGACACCCCUGAUCUGAUAUUUGGGAGCUUCUCUAUUCUGUUUGAUCCCAGGUCUAAUGAUCUUGAAUCCCUUUCAUUAUUAAGGGUCAAAUUCCAAGGACCAAAAUUGGAUUCUUGCUUGCUGUGUCUUUAUGGUUUGAUUUCCAGGAGGCAGGCCAUUGAACUAAGCGAGUUAGAUGAUGAUGGAAAGAGGAUGGAAAUGUUAUGUCACAACUUUCAGGUAAGGUUGGUUGGUAGGAAAGGCUUCUCUGAUGCUGGGGAUUCCCUUAUCAUGCACAUCAAGGCAUCUAGAUCCAGACUAAGUGUUGGAAUUUGAGAUUGACGCUGGGCAUCAAAACAGAAAUUCUCUCUUUUGCUGUCCUAUGAGUGGAGGUGGCUAACUCAAUGGCAUCUCAAAUAUUGGACUUUCCAUGGGAACUGGAUAAUUGAUUUUAGAGACAAUUAUGUGGGUAAUAGUUCAGGUAUUUCCAAAUUGAUUUAUGCAUAAUCUGGUUUGAUUUUGAUGUAUUUUAUAUAGAUAGUCUUUUUUGGCUGUAAUUCAAACAUUGAUUUGGGCAUAAUAUUUGCUCAAGGGUAGAACAAUAUUUUGCUGUUCUUUGCAGAAACAGGUGUCCUCUACAAGAAAUUAUUGAAUGGAUGGGAGUUUAGGUUCUCUUAGUCUUUCCAAUUUCUACAUCAGAGUAAUUUUUGAGAAGGAUUGGAGAAAUGCUCCAAUUGCCCAUUUUUUAAGAAGAUUGAAGCUGAUUUGUGUAUAGAAUUCUAGUAAAAUUAAUUAUCUGUACUUGUGAACCCAUCAAUGCAUAUGAAAAGGAAGCGCAAAUUUUGGGUUC